AUGGAUGAGCUAGGCAUCGUCUACCUCAUUGAGAAUGCUCAACAAUUCUGGUCCGAGCUGGAAGAUAUAGUGCACAUACAGAGCAGUCCGACGCUCUCGAGGCUGGAUGCGACCCUGAAGAGAUUUAUAUCAUUUGCUGCGUCCUACCAUGAAACAUACCUUCAAAGUCCAUUACAACUCGAACACGCUUGCGAACUCAUCGUCGACUCGGAACUCUUCACAUUCCACUCGGAGCGCAUGUGUGAGAUCCUGACCGACGACGCUAGCUCCUCCACAGAUCCUCAUAUUCAAUUCAUCCUCUUCAACGUCCUUCUCUCAUACGGCCGCCGAAAUAGCAACUUCCUCCGCAAUUACAAGCGAUGGCAACCGCUUAUCCCCAUUCUUAUGGACCACAUUCUCAUUGACAUAGACCCUGACAUUGAAGACACAUAUUUUGGAGCGACUGGGCCCAGUGUUGGCUGGAAUAGUGCGAGUGGGAGCGGAAGAGCGCUUGUUGUUCCGAUAGAAGUUAAGAUGAGGAGCCUGGCUGUUAGAUUGUUAUAUGAGGUCUGUAGGGCGAGUAAGCUGAACAAGCAGGAGCUAGGCGUGUUCACCGACGACUUCAUAGACCGGUUGUUCGACAUUGUGGAACAGACAAGGGAUAUGCAGGACGAGACCUUCAAUUACUCCGUCAUCAAAUUAAUUGUCGCUCUGAAUGAACAGUUCAUGGUCGCAUCCCUUCAGCCAGAAAAUCGUCCCAACUCGCCCAAUCCGCAUGGGCAUAAACUCCAUCAUCAUAAACCAGUAAAUGGUGCCCAUGCAGACGCAUCGGACGACAACAGAGUGUUACGUGUUCUUAUCCGACGAUUAGGUCUCAGUCAGACGUUUGGUGGCAAUAUGAUCUUCAUGCUCAACCGAGCUGACCAAACUCCUGAAGAUCGAGUAAUGCAACUUCUCGUGCUCAAGAUUUUGUAUCUGUUAUUCUCGACCCCUGGAACGUCCGAAUAUUUCUAUACGAACGACCUAUGUGUCCUUGUCGACGUCUUUCUGCGCGAGUUGGUUGACCUUGACGAAGACCAGGAGUCCCUACGUCACACAUACCUUCGCGUUCUCCAUCCCCUCCUGACGAAAACCCAGCUCCGCACGACGCCCUACAAACGCCCCCAGAUCGUCCGCACCCUCGAAUCCCUCAUCGAACAUCCCGAAAUCCGCGAAGUCAGCCCAACGACCCGCCGUCUCGUCGAGCGCUGUCUCUCCGGAGACUGGUGCGUUCAGCUGCGCAAAACCGCACCGAAACCAGCCUCUGCAGCACUCCUCUCUCCUGCUCUCGAUGGCGGUUCGGCCGGUUCUUAUGCCUCGUCUUCAAACCGGUCUGGGGAUCGGGAUAAAUUGGGAGGUGGGACGCUGCAUCGGCAGCGGUCACUUAAGGGGAGCAAGAGUGUCGAGAAUAUUCGGACACUGAACGCAGCUUCGCCGCCCAAGAGCAGAGGCUUGGAGGCGCUGAAAAAUAAGGCAGGACCGAGUAACGAGAGCGCUUCGAGUUUGCCUGGAGUGGCGGGGGCCGCGACGUCCUCUUCGAAAUCGGGACGAGAGAGGUUUGGGAGCGUUGCAUCGGAGAGUGGCAAGACCCACCACCACCAUCACUCGAACUCGAAGAAGGACAGCUAUGUCAAUAACAUUAUCGUCUCGCCUAUGCGGUCCAACUCUCUCGGCGACGUCAUUGAUUCCAUCACUUCGCCUUCCUACGACCACGAACACGCACAUCAGCACCUUCGUAUCCCCGAGUCGGCGUCUUCGCCCAUUUCGCCACCUCUUUCACCGACGUCUAUCACAUCGAGGAGCUCGGUAGCUUCAGAUGCCACGACAAAGUCAACCACGACUCAGAAGCCAGCCAGGAGGAGUGCACCAGCGCCGCCACAGAAGAGGAGGAAGCCACCUGCUGUGCCUGUAGCGGCCAAUGGAGGGGUGACGAUGGUAACCAUCAAGUCGUCGAAGGACAAGGAGAGGGAUCAUUGA